AUGACAAAUAGCUCUUCCUUCUGUCCUGUUUACAGCGACCUAGAGGCAUUCCCCUACUUCUUUUAUCUGGUAUUCCUCACUGGGCUCAUCGGGAGCGGCUUUGCCAUCUGGGUCUUCACACAGAAAAACAUUAAGUUCCCAUAUGAGAGUGUCUACCUGAUUAAUUUGCUCACGGCUGACAUCUUGCUCAACCUGGCGUUACCUGUGAAGAUCACCGUGGACUUGGGUGUGGCACCUUGGAAACUCAAGAUAUUCCAUUGCCAAGUCACUGCCUGCUUCAUCUACAUCAACAUGUAUUUAUCCAUUAUCUUCCUGGCCUUUGUCAGCCUGGAGCACUGCUUGCAGCUGACCCACAGCUCCAAGUUCUAUUGGAUCCAAGAGCCAGGAUUUGCCAAGAUGAUAUCAGUGGUGGUGUGGCUGAUGGUCCUCCUGAUCAUGGUGCCCAACAUGGUCAUUCCCACCCGCGACAUUCAGGAGAAGUCUGAGGUAGGAUGCAUGGAGUUCAAGGAGGAAUUUGGACGAAACUGGCAUUUGCUAACCAAUUUUAUCUGCCUAGCAAUAUUUCUCAAUUUCUCAGUCAUCAUUUUAGUAUCUAACUUCCUGGUGGUCCGACAGCUCUACAGAAACAAAGACAGUGACAAUUAUCCCAAUGUGAGAAAGUCUCUCAUCAACAUCCUCUUGGUGACUGUGGGCUAUAUCAUCUGCUUCGUCCCAUAUCACCUGGUCCGCAUUCCGUAUACCCUCAGCCAGGCUGAGGUCAUUUCCGAUUGUGCCACCAGAAUCUUGCUCUUCAAAGCCAAAGAGGCCACACUACUCCUGGCUGUAUCUAAUCUGUGCCUGGACCCCAUUCUGUACUAUCACCUCUCACAGGCCUUCCGCAUGAAGGUCACCCAGAUGUUCACAUCCAAGAAAGAGACAAAGAGAGAAACUCUCAGGGGAGAAGAAAAUGCCUAA